AUGCCCGAAGCCAAUAUAUUUAUGGAUCUGGCUGAACCCCCUCUAUUCAUAGAUUUGAACGGAGCCCCAAUCCCAUACCCAGUGAUCCUGGGCUACGGCAGUUCAUCAGUCGUCAUCCAAUCCAAUGGAAAAGCAGUCAAAACACCCCUACGCCACCCAGACUACCGCGCACGAGAAAUAAACGAGAACAUAAAAACAAUCCGCCUGGAACAAAUGGUCUAUACCCGUCUCCAGCCAAUAGCAAAUCAACCAAUCUGCCCAGAAGUCCUGAAAUGGAUUGCAUUCACCCAAUUCAAUAUCCAGCUCGAGCUAAUGAAAGCCGGUACGCUACGCAACCUCCUCGACAAAGCCUUGAUCGAACCACCCGCAUCCAAAAAGAAAGCCUGGAUGCGCCAGCUGGUCCGCGGCCUGAUGUACAUCCAUUCCUGUCAUGUCUUGGUGGUGGAUGUCAAGUCGCGUAACAUUCUCCUCACUGACGAUUUGAUGAUUCGGUACUGUGAUUUCGGGGAGUCGUCGUAUAUAUCUGAGGAUGUCAACAUGGAUACCGUGAAUGACUGCGGCUACACGGUCAAGAUAGAUGUUGCGUUGCUGGGGGCUGUUUUCUAUGAGAUUGCUACUGGGAACCGGUGUGAUGUCGACCUGUACGAUCGGGGUGUAAGGCAUAAUAGGUUGCUUCGCUGGCCGCCACGGUUUCUUUUGCCUGCUACUGCGGGUGUCUUCUAUGGGGGUAUUAUCGAGCGGUGCUGGAGGUCGAUUGAGGAGGGUGGGAUUCGGAAUGCGAGGGAGUUGGAUAUGGCCUUUGAGAGAAUUGAGAUUGGGUUGGAUAAGAGUACGGAGCCUGUGUCGCUUUGA